GGCUGAGCUGCUGGAUUUUAUGUAUGUAAACAGAGGCAGAUAAACACCGGACGGCAUGUCGAAUGAAGAAAAGUGGGUCACUUUGAGUCCAAAUGAAUUCUCUCUUCUUCAAGACUAUGCACAAUACACAACUAAGAAACUAAAAGAUGUUCUCCAGGAGUUUCAUGGAGAUGGGAUUCUGGCCAAGUAUAAUCCUGAAGAGAAGCCAGAAAUCCUCAAUCAGGAAAUUGACUUUGAGGGUUUCAAGCUCUUCAUGGAGACCUUCCUGGAGAGUGAACUUGACGACGAGUUCUGCCAGCAUCUCUUCCUCAGUUUCUGCAACAAAGACCCCAAACCAAGCCCCUCCAUGACAGACAAGCAGAGAAUCAUGGGUCUAAAACUCAUAAAGGGAAGCUGCACGCCGCCGAAGGUGUCAUCCCCAUCCAAAUCUCUUGGUUCAGUCCAGCUGAAGGAUAUGAUCUGCUAUCUCUCUCUCCUGGAGGGUGGACGACCAGAAGACAAACUAGAAUUUAUGUUUCGACUUUAUGACACAGAUGGGAACGGGUUUUUAGACAGUAAGGAACUGGAGCACAUUAUCUCUCAGAUGAUGCUUGUUGCGGAGUAUCUGGAGUGGGACGUCACAGAACUGAAGCCGAUUCUGGAGGAGAUGAUGCAGGAGAUCGACUACGACCGUGACGGGAUGGUUUCUCUCGAGGAGUGGGUCCAGGGUGGCCUGACCACCAUUCCUCUGCUAGUACUGCUGGGACUCGAAACUAAUGUAAAAGAUGACGGGCAGCAUGUGUGGAGACUGAAGCACUUCAGUAAACCUGCCUAUUGUAACCUGUGUCUGAAUAUGUUGAUUGGAUUAGGAAAGCAAGGCCUCUGCUGCUCCUUCUGCAAGUACACCGUUCAUGAGAGAUGUGUGGCUCGAGCCCCCCUGUCCUGCAUCAAAACAUACGUCAAAUCUAAGAAAAACACAGAGAUUAUGCAUCAUUUCUGGGUUGAGGGAAACUGUCCAAGCAAGUGUGAUAAAUGUCACAAAACUAUUAAGUGUUACCAGGGUCUUACAGGCCUUCAUUGUGCCUGGUGCCAGAUCACUUUACACAACAAGUGCGCUUCUCACGUCAAACCCGAAUGUGACUGCGGAUCGCUGAGAGACCACAUACUUCCCCCAAACGCUAUAUGCCCUGUUGUACUGGAGAGACAGUCAACUCUGAGAAAAGACUCCAGCCAAUCAGGAGGCCGGGGGAAAAUACAAAGAACCAAUUCGGUAUCAGUGGAUGGACAGGGGCUGCAGAUCACGCCAUUAGACGGAACACAUCCAUUGUUGGUUUUUGUCAACCCUAAAAGUGGAGGCAAACAAGGGGAAAGGAUCUUCCGAAAGUUUCAGUACCUCCUGAACCCCCGUCAAGUCUACAACCUGGCUAAGAACGGCCCCAUGCCUGGCUUAAAUUUCUUCCGAGAUGUUCCAGAUUUCAGAGUCCUGGCCUGUGGUGGAGAUGGUACUGUUGGAUGGAUUCUUGAUGUUAUAGAUAAAGCCAACUUUGAACAGAAUCCCCCUGUGUGUGUACUUCCUCUCGGCACAGGAAAUGACCUCGCAAGGUGUCUGCGCUGGGGUGGAGGCUAUGACGGAGAAAGUAUUUUACAGAUUCUCAAGGACAUUGAGAACAGUACCGAAGUGAUGCUGGACAGGUGGAAGAUUGACAUCACUCCUGUAGACAAAGAAGAAAGAGGAGAUCCAGUCCCAUACAGCAUCGUGAACAAUUACUUCUCUAUUGGCGUGGAUGCAUCCAUCGCUCAUCGAUUCCACAUUAUGAGAGAGAAACAUCCAGAAAGGUUUAACAGCAGGACGAAGAAUAAGCUUUGGUACUUUGAGUUUGGAACCUCAGAGACCUUCUCAGCAACUUGCAAGAAGCUGCAUGAUUAUCUUGAGGUGGAGUGUGAUGGUGUGACCCUAAACCUCAGCAACAUCUCAUUGGAGGGCAUUGCCAUCCUGAAUAUUCCCAGCAUGCACGGUGGUUCCAACCUUUGGGGAGAGAGCAAGAGACGGAGGGGUCACCGUCGAAUAGGGAAGAAGUCUCCGGAAAAGAAGACUCCAAUUGUUGACCCCAAACAACUCGUUUUUGCUGUCCAAGACCCGUCUGAUCAGCUGUUGGAGGUGGUGGGGCUGGAGGGGGCGAUGGAGAUGGGGCAGAUCUACACAGGUCUGAAGAGUGCAGGCAGACGUCUGGCCCAGUGUUCCUCCAUCAUUAUCAGAACCAGUAAAGCCCUUCCUAUGCAAAUAGAUGGUGAGCCAUGGAUGCAGAGCCCAUGCACUAUUAAAAUCGUGCAUGAGAAUCAAGCCCGUAUGCUGAUGGGUCCUCCUCAGAGCUCUAGCUUCUUCUCCUUCUUUCGACGGGACCGCAGAGAGAGUAAAGACUGACACCCGAGAUCAAAGCUACACCUGCUGUAGAGUUCACGUGAAUGGUGAAAACCUCUGUGACAGCUGCGGUUAGGCUACAGAUCUCUAGAUUUCAGCUGAUCACUUCAGCCACCAGCUUGCUGUCUCAGCUAUUUGAUUAAACUGCCGUUAACGCAGUACAAGCUGGGAGGAAAAAGCCAAACUUGGGGAAGGUUUUGCUUCACAAAUGUUUAAAAAGGUACGUUUUGGUUUGAACCGGAAUCGGAAUCCGAGAGAUUUGAGGAUAAUAGACACUGUAAAACACUUCAGAACAGUUUUAUUUUUGGUGUGUUAUUUAGGAAGUGUUGGAUUUCCUGGUGCCAAAUGUGAGAUGAGACACGGCCAAACGAAAAACAAAGUACUUUUUAACUUAAGACAUGUAAUGUGUUGGUCUAGUGGUGAGCUUUUCGUAUUCUUUUGCAUGCUGGGUUAAAAUCCAGAACUUUUUAAAAUAUUCUAUUUUGUAUUUCAGUAUUUUAUUUUAUUUUGCAUCUGAAAACUGGCACCCAGUUGUUUUUCAAUAUAAAAAAAAGGUGUUAUACCAUGUCCGUAGGUGAUUUCUAUGACAGCAUGUUCUAAAGUUAAUCAUGCAACUUGAUUCUUAUAAACAUGUAUUCAUUGUUUUGGAAGUUGCUUUUUAAAAAUCAAAAAAUCAUUUAACUGGUUUUCUAAAUCAAUGGUACUUUCUAAAACACUAAUCACAGUCAAGUUACUUGAAGCAGGAUCGACUAAACAUUGAAGAGAAUUUUCCAAAAGCAUAAACUUGGACAAACAUUUUUUAUAUUACAAGCCCAAACGGAUGUUUUAGGUUACUGUUAGACAAUCCUCGUCCAGAGUCGGGCUUUUUAAUGCCUGUAUGUGUUUUAUUUUAAGACGAAGCUGCUUGCUUGUUGAUGAAGAAUCAGAUCGAAAGGCUAUUUUGUUGUAUUUUGUGUUUACAAGACGUGGUUGUCAUGGUCACAAGGUGCUUUGCUCAUGCAUAUUCAUGUGUUGUGAUGCACUUCUGCCAGAGCUAAAGCAAAUGUGCGACUGCACCUUUCCUUUUCUUGUGAUAGCAGCAUGCAAUGAUGUGAGACACAUCCUGGUAACUUCAGUUUCUGCUUAAACCUGGUUUAUCUUCACUCGCCCCCACAUAGCCCGCCGUUCAUAAUAAGUGCUUUGUGCAAUGAACUGACGAUGAACUUGCCUGAUGAAUUUGCAUGUUGGAUCGAGAUAUGACGCGUGACAUUUUUAGCAGUUAAAAUGCAGUAAAAAGUUAAAAUAGCUGCCAUAAUUUAUAAACCGUAUAUACAGAGAAUGUUCAAGAUGAAUUGAGAGUUUAUAUUGUAUAAAAGUGAGUGUUGCACUUUAUGCUUGCCUAUUAUAACAUGCGUAUAUGAUGCCGUAUAUGAUGCUGUGCAAAGUCAUUAAAAGAAUCGAUAUUAAUGUGCCAUGUCAAA